AUGUCCUCACAACACCAACCCCAAAACUACAACUACCAGAAGAAGAGCUCCUCGGGGCAUAAUCACCUCUCUAGUCGCUCCUCCCAUUCUGCUACGCCUCCUAAGACUUCUCUGCCACCUCCUACCUCUCCUGCUACACCCCCUUCCUCUUCCUCGUCCUCCCCUGCUUCUCACAUUCCCAACUCCUGGCUGCCUGCCUCCAUUCCGUCGACCACCUUGUCUGCGCCAGACAGUAACCACCAGCAGCAGGAUGCUGCCUUGCUCCAACAGCACAUAUCUUUACACUCCCCCGCACAAACCCCACUUCCCCGCAACUCUUUUCAACCCCACAAAUCGCCUACAUCUUCUACUCCAUUGCCGGGUCUCCGCUUAGAAACAUCAAACUUAAUCGUGGCGUCCACACGAUCUAGUCACACGGGGAGAUCGCGGUCGACGUCAUUCGUCGAUUCGUUGUCCCCCGCCUCCGCGACAUCCGCUUACUCACCAGGUGGCCUCGACUGUCUGGCUAGAAUGACCCCUCUCCCCUCUCCCAUAAUUACAAGCGACUCGCCAGGUCCAUGGAAUAAAUACAGGAGCCGUUCUCUCUCGCGACACCCCUCGCAGACGUCGCGAUCAAUGCCUAGGAGCAUCAAUGGAAGCGGAGAGUCAGCUCUUGUCACCUCGACAGGCGAGUCGCUCUCGACAGCGCUCGCAGCGCAGAACCAGAGGAAGAUAUACCAAGGCUUAGGACCUACCCCACCUGGUGCCGAGUUCACAUAUAGCAACAAUGUGUCCCGCAACGGCGGCGAGUACGACCCAACUUCGUCGUCUUUGGCAGUUCCGCAUGGGCGCAACCGAGACCUCUUUAGGACUGCAUUGAGCGGUGCGAAUGCAGGUGACGAGGGAGCAGUAGCAAAUCUUGACGCAGACGCAACUGGUGGAACGCGUCUGCGACGUGAGGACUUCUUGGCGCAGCGAAGGUGGACCAUUUCAUCGGCUGAAUCGAGUCCUGCACUGAGCGGAAGUGCGACAUCAUUAUCGUCCAUCUCCAGCGUAGAUACUGCAACAGACCCCGCAGAAGCCAAUGCCCGACUUAUUAAGAAGCAAAAGCUAGAAAGUUUUGAGGCAAAGACGGUGCCGGACAAAAAAGUACAGCGAUGGCGCGGAAUAAGGUUGUUGGGGCACGGCACUUUCAGCAGAGUCAUUCUGGCAACCUCGGAAGAAUUGCCUGAGGAGGUGGAUGAAGUCAACGAGGAUGAAGAAGGGAUUACGAUAGAAAGAGAGCCUGUUUCGCUGGAUCCGAAAAAGCUUGUAGCUGUCAAGAUUGUUGAGCAUGGAGCUGCUGGCGGAGCUUCCAAGGAAAGAGUUGAAAGCUCGUUAAAACGGGAGCUGGAUAUCCUCAACAGCGUCAACCACCCAGCACUGGCCCCAUUGAUCAGACGAAUGGCUGCCGAGAUUGUCAGCGCCAUCCGAUAUCUCCAUAAAAACAACAUCGUUCAUCGCGAUGUCAAGUUAGAAAACGUCCUCAUCAACUUUUCGAGAUCAAGAUUACGUGAAAUUGCCGACGACCCAUACGGAGAACGGUACCCGAUUACUACACUCACAGACGUCGGACUAUCGCGUAGGGUUGAUUUCGAAAACGAUGACUUACUGACCACCCGUUGUGGCAGCGACGACUAUGCCAGUCCGGAGUUGAUCAUGGCGCAGCCGUAUGACGGGCGAAUGACAGACGCAUGGGCAUUGGGUGUCUUAUUGUUUGCCUUGAUGGAAGGUCGACUUCCUUUCGACCCGCUUCCAGGGUCUUCGGAGCAGAAGAUGAGAAGUAAGACGGCGCAUAGAAUCGCCAGGUGCGAGUGGAAGUGGGUGAAACUGGCACCAAAAACGAUGGAAUUACACGACUCUGGUGACUCGGGGAUUGUUUUAGACGGCCAUGGUCCUGGAUACGACGAAAGAAUGGAAGGAGGCAAGAGGAUCGUUGAAGGCUUAUUGAAGCGGGUGUCCAAGAGAUGGAAGUUGGACGCUGUAGAGAACGAAGACUGGAUCAAGGGAGCAAUAACCGUGGAUCUGAAGGACUCCUGGGAAGAAGAGGAGUUAUAA